AUGGACCCAGAUGAUCGCGCGCUUGCAACCGUGGAGAAGAUGAACACACGCACAGUGAACUUCGAUUUAAUAGAAAGCCUUAUAAUUAGCAUAUUGCGCACAAGAGCAGCCGUCAACGAAGGCAUGGGAGAUGGGAACGGUUCUGCCGAUAUAGCCG